AUGAUGUUUUUUAGUCUUUUUCAAUCGUUGAUGGCAGUAGAGAUAAGAGUGACAAAAUCUUCCCAGAAAGAAUACUGUCCGACUGUGUAUACAUUUGUUGGCCCUGUUGUAUCCGGCUACUUUAAACGCACAAGCUACGAUUCUUUAGAGUGGACCGAAGGGCACGUUUCCCUCAAUAAAACAGAAUCCGGCGUUUGGAUAAUAAAUAAGUCUUCAAUUAAUUCAGAUGGAUUCGAAUCUGAAGUAGAGCUGUUGCGAUCGAAAAAUGCAGAGGCAUGUCCACCGAGAGAAGUAGGCGCAUGGGAGUGUGGAACGAAUACAAACUGUGAAUUGGAAGAUAUCAGAAGACACACGAAAAUCUACGCGAAACAUAUUGUCGUGGAAACUGAUUCGGAAGUUAUGAGCCAAAGCUUUGAUUAUUGUGCACCUGCAUUAAAUGAAUAG